AGUCAGUCUCUGUAAAAAGGAAAAAUGACAAAUAAAUCCCAAAUCUAAUAGUAAUUCUCUUUCUUCUACACCGUUUUAUGUUUUAGAACACUCUAGCUAGGGUUAUAUGACCCAAAACCCCCCAAAUUUUACACAUUUCCACCACUGAGAACUCAAAUCUUUUAACCUCUGAUCGAAGAACAUCUACCAAAUAUGGCUCGUCAUAGAGACGACGACGAUGACGAGGGGUUUGACGGCGAAGACGAAGAAUACGGAGAGCGAGAACAGGGGAUGGACGAAUUAGAAGAAGAAGAGGAAGAAUUGGAAGAAGAACAAGAUAAAAGAGGAUCCAAUAGGAAGAGAAGGAGAUCAGAUUUUAUUGAUGACGCUGCCGAAGAAGAUGACGAAGAGGAGGAAGAAGAAGAUGACGACGACGAUGACUAUGGCAGCGGUGCAAGGGGAAAGAAAGCCAAACGAAGGUCUGGCACGCAGUUUUUUGACCUGGAAGCUGAGGUUGAUAGUGACGAUGAUGAAGAGGAAGAUGAUGAUGCUGAGGAUGAUUUUAUUGUUGAUAAUGGAGCUGAUCUACCUGAUGAAGAUGAUGGUAGAAGGGUUCAUCGUAGACCAUUGCUUCCUCGGGAGGAUGAGCAAGAAGAUGUGGAAGCUCUUGAGAGAAGCAUUCAAGCAAGGUAUGCAAGGUCAAGUCACACAGAAUAUGACGAAGAGACAUCAGAGGUGGAUCAACAAGCUCUUCUGCCAUCUGUUCGGGAUCCUAAAUUAUGGAUGGUGAAAUGUGCGAUUGGUCGUGAACGAGAGACAGCUGUUUGCCUUAUGCAAAAGUAUAUUGAUAAAGGAGCUGAAUUGCAAAUCCGUUCUGCUAUUGCUCUUGAUCAUCUCAAGAACUUUAUCUAUGUUGAAGCAGACAAGGAGGCCCAUGUGAGGGAGGCAUGCAAAGGUCUGCGAAACAUUUAUGCACAGAAAAUAAUGCUGGUCCCAAUUAAAGAAAUGACUGAUGUUCUUUCAGUUGAAAGCAAAGCACUAGAUCUUUCAAGGGAUACCUGGAUUAGAAUGAAGAUUGGAAUAUACAAGGGAGACCUUGCUAAAGUAGUAGCUGUGGAUAAUGUGCGACAGAGAAUUACAGUGAAGUUAAUACCAAGGAUCGACUUACAGGCUCUUGCAAAUAAACUGGAGGGCAGAGAGGUUGCCAAAAAGAAAGCUUUUGUCCCCCCACCACGGUUUAUGAACGUAGAUGAAGCUAGAGAACUACAUAUUCGCGUGGAACGAAGAAGGGACCCUAUGAGUGGUGAUUAUUUUGAAAACAUUGGUGGGAUGCUGUUUAAAGACGGGUUCUUAUAUAAAACAGUGUCGACGAAAUCAAUUAGUGUUCAGAACAUCAAACCAACUUUUGAUGAACUUGAAAAGUUUCAAAAGCCUGGGGAAAAUGAUGGUGAUAAUGUGGGUUUGUCAAGCUUAUUUGCAAACAGAAAGAAGGGUCACUUUGUGAAGGGCGAUGCAGUUAUUAUCGUCAAGGGAGAUUUGAAAAACCUUAAGGGAUGGGUGGAGAAGGUUGAUGAAGAGAAUGUUCAUAUUAGACCUGAAAUGAAGGGCCUUCCUAAAACUAUUGCAGUCAAUGAGAAGGAGCUUUGCAAGUAUUUUGAACCGGGUAAUCAUGUGAAGGUUGUAUCUGGUACCCAGGAGGGUGCAACCGGCAUGGUUCUUAAGGUUGACCACCAUGUUCUCAUCAUUUUGUCGGAUACGACCAAGGAAGAUAUCCGUGUUUUUGCUGAUGAUGUCGUGGAAAGUUCUGAAGUGACCACUGGCAUCUCGAAACUCGGAGAAUACGAGCUUCAUGAUCUUGUGAUGUUGGAUAAUAAUAGCUUUGGUGUUAUAAUACGUGUGGAAAGUGAAGCAUUUCAGGUUCUCAAGGGAGUACCGGAAAGACCUGAGGUUGCUCUUGUUAGGCUGAGAGAGAUUAAAUGCAAGAUUGACAAGAAAUUUAAUGUGCAAGAUCGGUACAAGAAUACUAUAUCAGUGAAGGACGUUGUUAAAAUAAUGGAUGGUCCUUGCAAAGGAAAACAAGGUGCUGUGGAACACAUAUUCAAAGGAGUCUUGUUCAUCUACGAUCGCUAUCACCUUGAACAUGCUGGAUUUAUAUGUGCUAAAUCCCAUGCAUGUGGUGUUGUUGGAGGAACGCGAGCCAGUGGUGACAGAAAUGGGGAUUCCUACUCUGGACUUAGCAAUCUUAAACCUUCCCCUCGUGUACCCCCAUCACCAAGGAGAUUUCCAAGAGGAGGUCCUCCAUUUGAGUCUGGAGGAAGGAACCGGGGUGGAAGAGGAGGGCGUGAUAGUAUGGUGGGUACAACAGUGAAGAUACGCCUGGGACCUUUCAAGGGUUACCGUGGGCGAGUUGUAGAUAUCAAAGGCCAGUCUGUUCGGGUUGAGUUGGAGUCUCAAAUGAAAGUUAUCUUAGUUGAUCGAAGUAAUAUCUCCGACAAUGUGGUUGUAUCUACUCCACACCGCGACUCAUCUCGGUAUGGUAUGGGAAGUGAAACUCCAAUGCAUCCUUCUCGGACUCCAUUGCACCCGUACAUGACUCCAAUGAGAGAUGCAGGAGCAACUCCUAUUCAUGAUGGCAUGAGAACGCCAAUGCGUGACCGAGCAUGGAAUCCUUACGCGCCAAUGAGUCCUCCAAGGGAUAAUUGGGAAGAUGGAAAUCCUGGUUCAUGGGGAUCGAGUCCACAGUAUCAGUCGGGAAGUCCUCCUUCUCGGGCAUAUGAAGCUCCAACUCCCGGUUCAGGUUGGGCUAGCACUCCUGGUGGUAGUUACAGUGAUGCUGGGACACCAAGGGAUAGCAGUUCGGCUUAUGUCAAUGCUCCAAGUCCAUAUUUGCCGUCAACUCCUGGGCAGCCUAUGACUCCUAGUUCUGCAGCUUACCUCCCUGGUACUCCUGGAGGGCAGCCAAUGACGCCUGGAACUGGCAGUCUUGAUGUUAUGUCUCCUGUUAUAGGAGGGGACAGUGAAGGACCAUGGUUCAUGCCAGACAUAUUGGUUAAUGUUCGAAAAUCCAGCGAUGACUCUGCUAUUGGUGUUGUCAGGGAGGUUUUUGGGGAUGGGUCGUGUAAGAUAGCCCUGGGGGCAAAUGGGAAUGGCGAGACAAUGACAGCAUUUUCAAGCGAAAUAGAGGUAGUAGUACCUAGAAAAUCAGAUAAGAUCAAGAUCAUGGGCGGUGCACAUCGUGGUGCCACAGGCAAGUUGAUUGGUGUAGAUGGCACUGACGGAAUUGUAAAAGUAGAUGAUACUCUUGAUGUUAAGAUAUUAGACAUGGUUAUACUUGCUAAACUGGCUCAACCAUGAUUUUUGUGAAUUAUUUAUAUAUGAAAUUACAUGUUUUUACUCA